AGGGCUCGGUGAACAAGAAGACAGGAUACCGGCCCGCGUCAGCUCGUCCUGGGACCCUCGGCGAUGAGAGCCUGACCGAAAGGGGCACUUUGAGAUAUGAUGAGGUUUAUUUCUGGCCGGCAAUAGUACUAUGAUUUGGUAUGUGGCCACUUUGAUAGCAAGUGUAUUCAGCACCCGAGGAACGGCGGCUCAAGGUGCCCACAGAGUGCGAGAGGAGCCCCAGUUUGUGACGGCCCACGCGGGAGAGAACGUCAUCCUGGGAUGCGACGUGUCCCCCCCCCUGAACGGCCAGCCCUACGUGGUGGAGUGGUUCAAGUAUGGAAUGCCCAUCCCCUUCUUCAUCAACUUUCGCUUCUACCCUCCUCACGUGGACCCGGAGUACGCCGGCCGGGCCAGCCUACACGGCAAGUCGUCCCUGCGGAUAGAGAACGUGCGCUCCGACGACCAGGGCUGGUACGAGUGUAAGGUGCUGAUGCUGGAGCAGCAGUCUGACACCUUCCACAACGGCAGCUGGGUGCAUCUGACCGUCAACGCUCCCCCCAUGUUCACGGACACGCCACCUCAGUAUGUAGAGGCCAAGCAGGGGGGCAGCAUCACUUUGACCUGCACGGCCUUCGGCAACCCCAAGCCCUCCGUCAGCUGGCUGCGGGAAGGCAGCCUCGUGGUCAGCAGUGCCAAGUAUAAGGUAUCUGAUGGGAGUUUGACGGUGCUAUCCAUCACCAGGGAGGACCGUGGGGCCUACACGUGUCGAGCCUUCAGCCCCCAGGGAGAGGUCAUUCACACCACACGACUGCUAGUCCAAGGCCCUCCGUUCAUUGUGUCGCCGCCAGAGAACAUCACGGUGAACAUCUCGCAGGACGCCUUCUUCACCUGCCAGGCAGAGGCCUACCCCCGCAACCUGACCUACACCUGGUUCUGGGAGGAGGACAACGUCUUCUUCAAGAAUGACCUAAAGCGCAGAGUCAGUAUUCUCAUCGACGGUUCCCUCAUCAUUGCCCAAGUCAAGCCGGAGGAUGCUGGGAAAUACACCUGUGCUCCCAGCAACAGCCUGAGCCAGCCACCGACUGCCUCUGCCUACCUGACAGUGCAAUAUCCUGCCCGUGUGGUAAACAUGCCAUCCGUCAUCUACGUGGCCAUCGGUCUGCCCGGCUUCAUCCGCUGUCCCGUAGAUGCCAACCCCCCUGUAAAUCUGGUUAAGUGGAAGAAAGAUGGCCUCCCUCUCCGGAUCGAUAAGUACCCUGGUUGGAGCCAAAUGGAGGAUGGCAGCAUCCGGGUGACGGAGGUGACGGAGGACUCUCUCGGCACCUAUACCUGCAUGCCUUACAACGCCCUGGGUUCCAUGGGAUGGUCCCCUCCCGCUCCCCUGGUGCUAAAGGACCCUCCCAAAUUCUCAGUGGUUCCUGGAGGGGAGUACAGGCAGGAGGCUGGGAGAGAACUGGUCAUCCCCUGUGAGGCGGAUGGAGACCCCUUCCCCAACAUCACAUGGAGGAAGGUAGGGAAGCCCAGCAAAAGCAAGCACAAUGUUCUGCCCCGAGGCAGCUUACAGUUCAAGUCACUUACAAAGGAGGACCACGGGGAAUGGGAGUGUGUCGCCACCAACGUUGCCACAAGCAUCACUGCCAGCACGCACGUCCAAGUCAUAGGCACAAGCCCCCACGCCCCCACCAGCAUCCACGUGGCGGCGUCCUCCACCUGGGCCAACGUGUCCUGGGAGGUGGGCUACGACGGAGGCUUCCAGCAGACAUUCUCAGUCUGGUAUGGCCAUGUGCUGAAGAGGGAGCGUUUAGGUCCACACGACUGGCUUUCCAAUCCCGUGCCUGGAGGCCACGACUGGAUGGUGGUUCCCGGCUUGGAGCCAGAGACAACAUACCAGUUCAGCAUCCUGGCCCAAAAUAAGCUUGGCACAGGCCCUUUCAGCGAGGUUGUCACUGUGAACACACUAGUAUUUCCUUUAAGUACCCCUGAACCAUUGGUGCUGCUUACCCCACCACGGUGCCUCACAGCCAAUCGCACGCAGCAGGGAGUCCUGCUCACCUGGAUCCCACCUGCCAAUCAUACAGCACCUAUCCAGCAUUACAUCAUGGAGUUCCGCCUGGGGGAGCGAUGGGAGGUCUUGGACGACAGCAUUCCUGUCGGGGAGACGGACUUGCUCGCCCGAGACCUGAUCCAGGAGGCGUGGUACGAGUUCCGCGUCACGGCCCUGAUGGGCGACACCAUCAGCGAGCCCAGCAACGUCGUGGGAGUGUCCAGUACAGACUUCUUCCCUCCCCCGGAGAUGGUGGAGGAGCGUGGCCUGGCGCGGCCUGUGGUGGCUGGCAUCGUGGCCACCAUCUGUUUCCUGGCGGCUGCCGUCCUGUUUAGUACGAUGGCGGCCUGCUUCGUCAACAAGCAGCGCAGACGGAAGAUUAAAAGGAAAAGAGACCCUCCUCUUUCCAUAACCCACUGCAGGAAAAGCAUGGGAACACCGACACCACUUAGCCUCAUUCCCAGCAUUGAACCCUACUGGGAGGGGCCGGACACAGGCAGGUACAGGCCUCGACCCUCCAGACCUCAGUCAUCGUCAGGAAAGGUGAGCCCAGAGAGCAUUCGUUCAAAGGCAUCCCUGUCAGAAUCAUCUGAAGAUAGUCAUGACCAGCGUGGGAUGAAACCACCCCCAAGUCCAGGGAAGAGGGAGGAGUUGUCUUUAUACAAAAAGACCAAAAGAGCAAUAACGAGCAAGAAAUAUGGCAUCUCCAAGCAUGAAGCUGAAGCAACAACACCAAUUGAACUCAUCUGCCGAGGCCCAGAUGGACGCUUUGUCAUAGAUCCCACUGACCCAGAAAUGUCUGUUAAGCCUCGGCGAAUUGAGGGAUUCCCCUUUGUGGAAGAAUCGGACCUUUAUCCGGAAUUCCGGCAGUCAGACGAAGAGAAUGACGAUCCCAGGCCUCUUCCCCCAGUUAUGGCACCACUUCGGCAUCACCAGAUUUCUCCAAUCUCCAGUCAGGAAUCCUACCUGCAACCUCCAGCCUACAGCCCUCGUUUCCAGAGACCCUUUGAAGGUAUGACCAUCAUGGAGAGCAGUCAGCUCCAGGCCACUGGGCAGAUCCGAGGCUCUCUCCACCACAGAGCUUUCUACGGCUACCUAGGCCCAUCUGGGAAUCAUGAUCCUCCACCUCCUUUUUACAUGCCUGAUAAUAGCCCUCUCAGCUCAGUCAUGUCCUCCCCUCCAUACCUUGCUGAAGGUCCUUUUCGUCAUCCCAUGAUUCCUGAAGAAAUGAGGGAGGGUGAUUUCCCACAAUAUGCUGUCCCUGGUUUCCCACUUCCUCUGACACUCACCUCUUCCUCUCGUUCCCCGGAGAUUUGGCAGGGACUGGAUUUUACCUUUGCAAGUCUGGAGGGACCCCAGUUAAUUUUUCAACCCCAUCACCCGUUGCAUCUCCGCCACGACUCACCCUAUCCUCCUCCACCUCAUGUUCUUCCCCUGAGGGCUUUCCAGCCCUCCUCCCUUCCAAUGCCUACUUACCCAGCUGUCCUGCCAUUGCAGGCCCCAAAGAACCGCUCAAGCAAGUCUCCCAGUAGGGCCAGGCCUCGUGGCUCCCCAGCCAAGCAAUUUGCUAUGGAAGAGGCACAUUUAGGGCCGCUAAGACACACAAGCCACGGUAUGGGUGUGCCGGUUUUACCUUACACCGAUCCAAUGGUUCAUAUCGUCCCUAGCUCAUUCAGUAGCUUGGACACACGAUGGUUUGAAACCACCCCUCGUUUUAGUCCCAGACAAACUCGUAGGAUGGAUUCUGGCAUGCAUCAGGUGGUUCUCCAGCCCUCCCGACUCUCACCGCUCACCCAAAGCCCCCUCAGUUCUCACGAGUGCUCCCCAGAGAUCGUAGUGCGUCCCAGGCCACGUCCCAGCAUUGUCCAACCUCACAUACCCCCAGAGAUGUCUGAGAUUACCCUCCUCCCUCCUUCCACAGCCAGCUUCUCCAGGAGAUCUACCCCCUCCUCCUCACCUGCCCAAGGCCAGGGUAGCAGGAGAGCAAGUCCCAGCUACCGUUCCCAAAUGGCCUUUGCCACCUCUGCAACCAGCUACCCAGCUUCCCAAUCCCCGUCACCCCCCAUGGAAAGCAGCAACAUAUUUGGGCAGAUGCCAUCUCAGAGGAGGACUGAAGAGGGGAUCCUUCCAUCUGAGCCCUCUCCACACCAGUUGUCAGCUUCAGGAAAGCGUCGAGGUGUGCCGAGUGCCCUUUCGGGGUCUGAGAGGAUUGAUGCACUGAGAUACCAACGUAUUAAAAAGGCCAAGAAGAUGAUGAUGAACAACAAUAACUCCAAGUCCAGAAAGAAAGCAGGUGUCACCACCUCUCAGACCCAGCAGGCCUACUACACCUCUCAAUUACUCCAGCCCGAAGAAGCUCUCUACCUCCGCAAGAAGAAGCGGCCCAUCCUCCACGAGCCAUACACCCGCUUUUCCGCUCUGCUGUACCGCCGCCCACCCCGGGAGGACCAGAAGGCUAUUCUGGCCAGCAUGGACAACAUAGACCUGGACCACUCCACUCUGCUCUGAAAGCCCUUGAGGACAAGGUCACAAUCAUGCAAUAUGCCCUCAAUCCAAAAACAACACUAGCAACAUAACCAGAUGGUUAAAACAAACAAGAUGUUUGCAAUGUAUUGUCUAUAAACGAGGGAGAGCAUUACAUUUCAGCCUUCAGAUUUGGAACAUGCAAUAGCUGUACGGGCCUCUGUCAGUUCGAUCCACACCAGUGAGCUCUCUGCCAUGUUCCACCUGUGAGGGAAGCAAAUCAAGAAACAGAUUAUUGGUUGUGUCUGAAAUGCUGCUUCAACUUCCUGAUAAAGACGCAGCUCUGAAACAAAGUUCUGAUAAUUUGUACUAAUUCCCAAAUGCACAAAGAUAUGUGUGCUAAAGUCCAGUAGCAUUCUCUUAUUAAAACAUGUUUAGGGGAGACAAUUCAAAUCAAAACGAAGCCUGCCCCAAUUUUCCAAAGUUUUACUCCAGUGCAAAAAUAUGAAUUUAAAAAGAGGCAAUGCGUUUCCCAAACCGAACCAGUUUUCCCUCGCCAGUGUUACCGUUUUUAUUUUAAAAAGGCUUCUCCAUUUUUUUAUCAUGUUUCUGUUCCGCCGCCCGAAAACUAGACUAUGUCCGCGGGUCUCCGUUUACAGCACCUUCCACCGGAUUCUCUCCGCCAGCAACGUCUCCGAUCUGCCGAGAAACUCGCCUCCCAAACGUGGACGUUCUCACUUCCUACCAAGUAUACCUCAGAGCACAGGACACAAGACCACACGGCCACUAGGAUCAGCCGGCAGGACACACUAGCCUUUUACCACCUCUUUAGUCGUCUUUGCGUUCCACUUGCUUCCCUUAUCCUGGCAUGUUCAAGUUUUCUUCUCUCGUAUGUACUUUUUUAGCUUACGCAAUGAUAAUUCCGUCGCAGUCUAAAAAAUAAAAGUGCUUUCCUCGGCCUAUUGAAGGCCUUUCCCUCCACGUCAUUUCCUAUUGAAUAGAUGUCAUUCACACAGGGGCUGACCCCACGUGCAUGACACACACAAACCACAUCCAAUUGCUCCAAUCAGCUGCUCCCUAUUCUGCCUCUCAUAACUCGUAUAACGGUUUGCACUGGAGCAAAAUCUUGUCCAUUUUACUUCCGCUUCUUUACAUUGCCAGUUCUUCUACUUUAGGUAGAGUAGAGGGUUCAGAAAGAACUUUAGUUAUGCCAAAAACUAUUCAAAAAAUAUAUAUAAAAAACAACCAUACAUAGUGGAGGGUAAGAUUGUGUGCCAUAGUAUAUUAUAGUAUUUUCUUCAUACAUAUUAGAGGGCAUACAAAACAAUGGCUUCAUUUGGCCUUAAUGGAGCUUCUGGUUGCCUGCUUCACUUGAGUCUAUUUUUCUUUUCUAUUUCUAUGUAUUUUUUGUUAUUUUAUUUGUUUGUGCGUGCUUAUGUAAGUACCCGCCUGUUUGUAUUUUGUCUCUUUAUGUGCUUGGAAAGGGAAAUGCCUAGAGGGGAGUCUCCCGUGAAGAACUUGGUUUGUGGCUUUGAGGGAAACAAAGUGAGCCAAAUGUUUUUGUUGUUGUUUCCCACACUGGUGUACACAGUUUUGUUUACAUGUUACCCAAUUUUACUUUGAAAGACUCAACUCAAUGUGUCUAACUGACAUGGAAACGUGGUCGCAAAGGGGCAUUUUUAUUUUGGGAUGAGUACAGGAAGUGCCAUAACAUCGGAAACGCAACUACAUCACCCGCUGCACACGCUGCAGCUCCGUCAUGUGUACUGCAACAGUUUUUUCCAGUUUUGCUCAAAAGGUGCUCAAAUUCUUCAGAAGUUGUAUUUAUUUAUAGACGUUACUGUAACAUAUCUUGGGUUCCUGAUACGAACAGAAGGCAGUGUCCAUGUUCUUUUAAAGUGUGUCUGCAGUGGCAUUGCUCAUAGGUAUGUUCAUGAGUUUGAAUGCAUUUAUUUACUUUAACAAAAAAAAUCAUUGCGAUUUUGAGCAGAUUCUUGCAAAUCCAACAUAGUCUUCUACAAUCCACCAAAUUCUCAGUGACUGAACUUGGUUGCUUGAUUAAAAGGUAUUUCCAUCAUGAAUGCUGGCAAAAUGAGCAGUGUCACGAUAUUUUAAAACGCUCUGACCUUCUUCUCAUAUUUGAUAUUUCGUGUGCAGGAGAAGUGAAUUAGAAAUGUGAUGGGAUCUAUUUUCAUAAAACUAUCACUUCAUUAAUAGCACUGACUCACAACCAUGUCCAGCCCACUGAAAUCUGGUUGAUGGUGUCAUCUUACAUGCAUUGAGGUUGCUUCAGUUUAAAAAGCAGCCGUUUUAUUAAAGAAGCUAAUGUCUUGAGAUGGAUUUCUGAAUUGCUGAAAUUAUUGGAGCAUCUGUUAGCUAAUGGUAAUUAAUGUGUGCACUAUGAUGCACUUAUUGUGGAAAUAACCUUUAUGUGAGAUAUGAGUAGAGGGUCAUUGUUUCAACUUCCUUUAAAAGAGUUUUAAUCAAUCCUUUAUAAAAAAAAACUGUAUUAAUAUUAAGGGCAGUACCAACAUAUUGUCCCAAUAUACAUACCAAUCCUAUUUUUUUCUUUCUAUUGAUGAAUUAACUUUUUGAAUGAAUUGCAUAUUGUGUCUGUGAAACUCUGGUGCACGUCACACUGAAUGGGACUGUUCCAUGUUGUAGUCACCCCACAUUUACAACCAAAACAGGAUGUGGGGAAAAGACCUAAAUAUACACAAGAUUAACUAUUUAAAAUUGUAGAUACAAUUAGUCUAUAUAUUAUAAAAUGUUUAAAAAAAGAAAAAUUUAAUAUUUUAUUAAAAUUGGGCAAUAAUAUGCAUGCAGUGACAGAAAUCAAUCUAAAAGAUAUAGCAAUUUAUUUUAUUUGAAUAUGAAUGAGUUAUCUAGUUAAUGCACUGACAUGCGCUCUGUGCAUUGUGGGAUUUGGUUUUGAUAUGUUUCUGGU